AUGGCGAUCAACCAAAGCUCGCUCAGUCAAGCCUCAAUCCCUUUGCUCAGCACCACAUCGUCUUUCUUCCUCUCUCACUCCGAUUCGAGACACAGUCGUCGCAGGAUGUCGGAUCUGCGAUAUACGGCAGCCUCGCAGCUGGAGCAUCUGCACAGCAGAUACACUGGCACCAUCAACGCUGACAUUGAGAAGUACGAAUGGAUCACACACCAACUCAGGGACACUAGCGCCUCGAUCAUCGGUCACCCACCCCUGUUGUCGUACCAAGCGCUCGCGGACGGAGAGUCCAAGGCUCGCGUCAAGUUCGAACUCGCCGAAAAGAUGCUGCAGCCUUGCGGCCCUCCCCCGCACAAAGAAGACGAUUGA